AAUCUACACAAAAAAAGAAAAAGUAUAUACAGAUACAUAUAUAAAACGAAAGAAACGGGAUAUUAACUGUUGCGUAAAAAAAAGUUGAUUAAACUAAUCAAAAAAAAUAAAUAAAUAAAUAAAGGAGUGAACAACGAAAACGACAACGAGAUGGCGAUGGUUAAUAUGGGUAACCUAUUGAAUGGAAAAGAUUCGAGGUGGUUACAAUUGGAAGUGUGCAGAGAGUUUCAACGCAACAAAUGUACGAGACCUGACACGGAGUGUAAAUUUGCACACCCACCUGCCAACGUAGAAGUACAGAAUGGAAGAGUGACCGCAUGCUACGACAGCAUCAAGGGUCGAUGUAACAGAGAGAAGCCGCCAUGCAAGUACUUUCACCCUCCUCAUCAUCUGAAAGAUCAAUUAUUGGUCAACGGUCGUAACCAUCUCGCCCUGAAGAACGCUCUUAUGGCACAGAUGGGCUUAACACCAGGGCAAGCAUUAGUAUCAGGCCAGGUGCCCACUGUGGAGGUGCCACCUCCUUCACCACACCAUCAUCAUCUCCAACAGCAAAUCCAGCAACAGCUCCUCGCUACCCACGCCUUUAUGGCGACGAAUCCGUACUUGACCGGUAUGCCGCAGGUCGGCAGUACAUACAGUCCAUAUUUCGCGCCUGGCCCAAUAAUGCCAGCUAUAAUGGGACCGGCCGAUCCAACGGGAGUUGGAAGUCCACUAGGAGUAGUACCCCAGACGGUAGCGGUACCGCAAAAAAUGCCACGCAGCGAUCGACUCGAGGUAUGUCGUGAGUUCCAGCGCGGGGCGUGCAAACGCGGCGAGACGGAGUGCCGGUUUGCGCACCCCCUGGAGACGGUGCAGGCGAACGAGGACGGCUCUGUGACGGUCUGCAUGGACGCAGUCAAGGGCCGAUGCAAUCGAGACCCCUGCCGCUAUUUCCAUCCCCCUCUGCACCUUCAAGCCCACAUUAAGGCCGCACAAUCUCGGGCUAGCAUUGCGACGGCGACGGUACAGACGAAUGUACCGGGAAUUGGAACCGUCGCAGGGGUCCCAGGAGUGCCAAGUGGACUCCAGAAUGCCGCUGCAGCUGCUGCCGCUAAUAUGGCUGCUGUCGAACUCGGCAAGAAACGGAUGCGCGAUCCCAAUGACGACCUGCUCAUGAUGGACAUGAAAUCUGUCGGGUCUUUCUACUACGAGAACUUUGCCUUCCCCGGAAUGGUACCGUACAAACGACCGGCCGGCGACAAAUCUGGCAUGCCAGUUUACCAGCCAAGCGGUGCGACGACCUAUCAACAACUGAUGCAGCUUCAGCAGCCAUUCGUGCCCGUGUCAUUUACUGGACACCCUCCCGGUGUGCCAAGAUUUUAAUCGGCAGUUGUGCAAUCGACCCGCCUGCAAGUUCAUCCAUCUCCAUGACGGAAGCGUGGAGGUGAUCGAGAACCGAGUGACGGUGUGCAGAGACGCUGCAAAGGGUGCCUGCGUUCGUCCCCAGUGUAAAUACUACCACAUACCCGUAUCUCUGCCACCCGCGCCGCUCAUGGCCCUCACCGCAUCCGUUCC